AAGCUUCGUCAGAGUCCUCGUCUCUCCCUCUCUCUCCAGAAGGAGAAGAAAACGCACCAGUAGAAGAUGACGAAGAAGAAAGGAUAGAGAGAGAGAAAGGGGUAGAAAGGCUGUUUUAAAAUCCCAGUCGCGCAAAUUCUCUAUUUCCACGUUCAUUUUCCUCUUCUACCCCUUCAUUCUUUCUAUUUCCGCGCCGAGCCAAUAAGCCGUCUUCCUCUCUCCCUUCGUUAGCCGGCUUGAUGGAGCCGCCGCCGUUAGCCAAAUACGUCUCCAGCAACUCAUUCCGUUUGUUGCCCGGCAGCUCUUCGCUGCAGGAUCCGGAAAUCAUCGACGUCGGUUCCUUCGAUGCGGAGGGAUCGAGUCAGUCCAAGCGCAAGCGGAAUCAAGUUGUUCCCCGCGACAUAAUUGAAAUAGAUGGACAGGAGGAUCCAUCAGGAGUUGUGAUCACUGGGGAGACAGAUACCAUUGUUGCCAAGAAUAAGUCAACAAUGGGCUAUGCUAAGAAUUGGCAGAAGCCAAUAGAGGAUGCCUUGGCUGAGGGCAAUGAUUCUAAUAAAGAUGUUGAAGUUGAAAGCGCUCCUCUGAAUCUUCUCAAAAUUCCUACAAAUCCUCUCAAACAUUUGGGACCGGCAUCACUGGAUCUGAACUGUCCUGACAAAUCCAAUUCUGAUUCGGUGACUAAUGAUGAUGACAACGAUGAUGCUUAUGAUGACGAUGAAAAUUACGAGUAUGAUGAUAAUGAGGAUCUGGAGUAUGAAGAUGAAGAUUAUGACGGUGGUGGUGAUGAUGAUUAUUAUGGUUUUGAUGUAAAUUUAGAUGCUCAAUUCGAUGCAGUAGACCUGCCUCCUGGGGUGGAGGCUUCCGUCCCUUGGUUGAUGCCUUCUAGUUCUAAGCCAGGCACAAGCAGUUCGGGAGGUGUAAGCUUGCCAAGUACAAGCAAGCAAAAGGAAGAGAGAGAAGAUGAGAUUGAGAAGAAAUUUAGAGAGUUUAAGCACUUUGAUACCGUUGCUGAUUAUUCUGACCACCAUUAUGCUCAACCACGAGAACAAUCACGUAGUGAAGCUUUCCAUGGAGUUUCUUUAACAAAGAAGGCGCCAAAGGAUUGGGCAAAAACAAUUCAGCAAGAGUGGAAGAUCCUGGAGAAAGAUUUACCAGAGACAAUAUUUGUUAGAGUCUAUGAAGAGAGGCUGGAUCUUCUGAGGGCUGUCAUUAUAGGAGCUGCCGGAACUCCCUACCAUGAUGGGCUCUUCUUCUUCGACAUUUUCUUUCCUCCUACCUAUCCUUCUCACCCUCCGCUGGUAUACUACUACUCUGGUGGCCUUCGACUGAACCCUAACCUGUACAAUUGUGGGAAAGUCUGUCUUAGCCUUCUCAAUACUUGGAGUGGCAGCAAAUCCGAGCUAUGGACCCCUGGCAAAUCAACCAUGCUGCAAGUCCUGGUUUCAAUCCAAGGCCUUGUGCUGAAUGCGAAGCCUUAUUUCAAUGAGCCAGGAUAUGAAAAAUCAGCCGGCCAGCCUGCUGGGGAGAAGAAAUCCCUCACGUACAAUGAGGAUGUUUUUAUAUUGUCCUGCAAGACAAUGAUGUACACUCUAAAGAGACCACCAAAGCAUUUUGAAGACUUUGUGGCUGGACAUUUCCGCCAGCGGGCCCAUACUAUUCUACAGGCUUGUAAAGCAUACAUGGAUGGUACUCAAGUUGGCAGUCCUGUUGGAGAGGUGAAGGGCCAUUCUAAUGGAGAGGUGAAGGAUGAGAAUGAGGGCAACAUGACAACCUGCUCGUCGAAUUUCAAGACUCACCUCGGCCAGAUAUUCCCGAGGCUCUUGGUAGCUCUUACUGACAACGGCGCUGAUUGUCGGCAGUUUCUUGAUAAGCCAGAGAACACUGAUACUGCCAUGCUAACGCUCCGAGUCCACAAGUUUGACUAAUGAGGAGAAGCCUAAGCGGAGACUUCAAGAAGUCAUCGCCAUUUUGCAUAUAAGACAUUCUGAGAUUUUUACCCUUUUUUUCCCUCCACGGAUAAGAUUGGACAGGUAAAAGUGGCAUGGUUAUCUACUCUUUCAGUUUCUCGAAUAGAUAUAUAUACAUAUAUAAAUAGACACACACUGUAAAUAGGUGUAGAUAUGGGGUGGUGGUAGUUUCGAUGUUUAUUCCAUGUAGGAUGUUCUAUGGACGAUGCAAAGCUCUCUUUGUAGGCUGUUCUAUGGACAAUGCAAAGCUCUCUUUGGGAUUUUACUAUUUUAUUUAUAUGGAAGCGCGCACUUUUAAAUGA